AUGGCGAAGCGGAAGCGGCAGGGGAAGGCGCCUGAGCCCAAGCGCUCCCGCACCCAGCUGAACAAUGCCAGGAAGAGGGCGGCGAAGAAGCGGGCGAAGGAGCAAGCCAAGCGCACCGACCCUUCCUUGGUCUACAUCGAGGAUCCCUUGGCUGCGCCGACGGUGAGAAGCGCCAAGGGCUGGUUCGCGAACCUGGGAGCAAAGCUCUCCUUGCGGCUCGGGCCAGUGGAAGGCUGGCGAACGUCGGCCAAGCUGGCGGUGCGCGCGGGCGCCGCCGGCCCCCGCAUCGGGCUUUUCGUGCCAAAGUCCCACGACGUCGUCCCCAUCAACGGCUGCGCUGCCCACCAUGCCUCCAUCAACGCGGCCUUGGAGGCCAUCACUACGGCGUGCAAAGCCGCGAGAAUCAGUGGCUACGACGAAGGCAAAGGCGAAGGCGAUCUGCGCUACGUGAAGCUGGAGGUGGAGCGGUCCACUGAGCUCGUGCAGGUCACCCUGGUAUGGCACGCGAGCUCCCAGGAAGAGGCGGGCAAGCCGCUUCGCAAGCUGACAAAGGCACUUCAACAAUCUGCGGAGCUGUGGCACUCGAUAUGGGCAAAUUUCCACGCGGCAGACAAGCAUACCUCCCGCAUUCUGGCCUUCGAGAAGGAGGCCUGGGUGCAGCUGUCCGGCUCCAAGCGCUGGCUGCGCGAGGCGCUGUCCAGGAGCGGGGCGCCGUACCACUGCGAGCUUUGCUUCCCUCCCUUUGUCUUCCGCCAGGCAAAUCUCUGUGCCUUUGAGCAGAUCGUGGCGGCGGUUCGACGCUUUGUUCCGCCUGGGAGUGCCGUGGUGGAGCUUUAUGGUGGCGUGGGCACGAUCGGUCUACACCUGGCCGACUUGGCUGGACAAGCCGGCUAA